AUGAGUUCUUCCCAUCGACGUCUUGUUAAGGAAAUUAAUGAUAUAAAGAAUUCUGGAAAUGCGGGAUUUGUAAAUCUUGAAUUUAAUGAGAGUAAUCUUCUUCAUUGGGAAGGACUUUUGAUACCAGAUCGUGAACCAUAUAACAAAGGUGCUUUUAAAAUAUCAAUUGAUUUUCCACCAGAAUAUCCAUUUAAGCCUCCAAAAGUAUUAUUUUUAACUAAAAUAUACCAUCCAAAUGUUGAUGAAAAGGGGCAGGUUUGUCUUCCAAUUAUAGCACCGGAAAAUUGGAAACCAGCAACAAAAACGGAACAAGUAAUUAAUGCUUUGUUGGGUCUUAUUGUAGAACCAGAACCAGAUCAUCCACUAAGAGCGGAAAUUGCCGAAGUUUUUAUUAAUGAUAGGAAAACAUUUAAUAAGAAAGCUGAUGAAUAUACCAAGAAACAUGCUGAGAAGAUUCCUGAAAAUAGAUAA